AUGUCUAGCGAGCCAUCAUAUUCUGAGUUCAAGCCAAUCCUCGCCCAGAGCGUUGGUUAUGGUGUUGUUGUCGGUGUGGGGUUCUUCUUCGCAGCCGUCAUGCUUAUCUUGACCACACUUCAACGCAAAUUCUUCAAAUUCUCUCCUGCCUCUUCGGAAGAAUUCACGCCUGGUCUAGUAUGCUGUGGCAUCGUAAGCGCGUGGACGUGGAGUGCCACGCUUUUGCAAUCGAGCAGUGCUGCGUAUACAUUCGGCGUAAGCGGUCCUUGGUGGUAUGGUGCCGGUGGUACAAUUCAGGUUGCUAUGUUUGGCAUGGUUGCCUCCAAGGUAAAGCAGAACGCCAACGGAGCCCAUACAUUCCUUGAGAUUGUCAAGACCCGAUUUGGGACAAGUGCUCACAUUCUCUUUACGUUUUAUGGAUUUCUGUGUAUCCUACUAGUCUGUGGGUCUCUGCUGCUUGGAGGCUCUGCGACUGUCAACGCUUUGACUGGCAUGAACAUUAUUGCGGCGUGCUUUCUUCUUCCUAUUGGCAUUGCUGUUUAUGUCAUCUUUGGUGGCCUGCGCGCGACAUUCAUCUGCGACUGGAGUCAUACCAUCAUCCUGUUUAUUAUCAUCUACAUAUUUACAUUCCGAGCAUACGGAACAUCACCUGCUAUUGGUAGUGUCUCCAGACUCUAUGAUCUCUUAGAACAGGCUAGCAUCAACGCACCAGUGGUAGGUAAUCAAGGGGGCAGCUACCUGACCAUGAGUUCUAAUCAAGGCCUCGUGUUUGGCGCCGUCACAAUCCUUUCUGGCUUUACUGGAGUCGUCUGUGAUCAAGGUUACUGGCAAAGGGCAAUAGCAAGCCAUCCAGAAUCGACCACCAAGGCAUACAUGCUUGGUGGUAUUUCUUGGUUCGCUGUUCCAUGGGCAUUUGCAUCUUGUCUCGGUCUGAGUGCUCGCGCUCUUCUUACCAAUGCAAGUCCACCAAACUUUCCCACCUAUCCUUCACCGCUUUCUCCAAGUCAGAUUAGCGCAGGUCUUGCGGCUCCUGCUGCAGCUGCUGUCCUCAUGGGCAAAGGGGGCGCAAUCACGGUGCUUCUCGUAGUAUUUAUGGCCGUAACUUCAGCUGCGAGUGCUGAGCUCAUCGGCGUAUCCAGUCUAUUCAUCUAUCGGACCUAUUUCCGCCCCAAUGCAACUGGCGACGAGAUAGUGAGGGUCUCUCACUACUUCAUAUGUUUCUGGGCUGUCUGGAUGGGCUGUUGGGCGACUAUUCUGCACGCUGGUAACAUCGACCUUGGAUGGUUAUAUUAUGUCCAAGGCUCUAUACUCAGCCCUGCAGUUAUUCCCAUUGGACUUACUGUUUCGUGGUCUAAGCUCACAAAGGCAGGCGUUUUCUGUGGUGCUAUAGGCGGUGCAAUUUUAGGAAUGUUGGCUUGGAUGAUCGGAUGCUGGAAGAUAUACGGCCAAAUCAACAUCACUAACCUUGCACAACCGUACUCAGCCUUAUGUAGCAGUCUUACAGGAUUAUUUUUCUCUGGAAUCCUAACGGUGGGGGUGUCGCUCUUGAACCCUGCAGACUAUGAUUUCUCGGGCACCCGAGCAAUUUCUACCUUGGAAGAUACGAAUAGAAGUGGCAUUUCGGGCGAUGACACUCCAAACAGAGCAUCGGACACCGAAUCACAGAAAGAGCAAAAGGAAACCAGUGAAAAGGAGUCAUCGUUAAAGCGACCUGUUUCCGACGUCAUCGAAGUCGGGCUGGAGAAGGAUGAGGAAACACGCAUCAGAUCUCUUAAGACGGUGUUCAGGAGGGCGCUUAUAUAUUCGUCAAUUUUAACUUUCAUUGUCGUCAUACUUGUCCCGCUGCCCAUGUUCUUCUCUCAUUAUGUCUUCAGCAAGAAAUUCUAUACCUUCUGGACAGCCUGCUCGAUUAUAUGGGCUUUUGCGAGUGGGACAUUUUGCAUCAUCUUGCCCUUGUGGGAGUCCAGAAGUGAGAUCGGCACGAUAUUAGGUUCAGCUUAUGGAUCAAUCCGUAGACCGAGUUCACUUUAA